AUGCGUUGCCGAUGCUCGCAUAGCACUGAUGUUCAUGUGCCCAGACCUGCAACACGAUCUCACUCUGAGAGGAGACGCGAGCUCGAGCCCGAGCCCGAGUCCGAUCCGGCGCAGCGUACAUCCGCAGAGGCCCCAUCGCAUCACCGAUCCCCUGCACACGAGUCUCCUGCACGAGAGGCGGGACAUACUACUGGUGAUGGCAUGCACACCCCGCAGUGGCAGCAUGAUCCGUUUGGUGGCUCGACUACUUUUGGGGAUGUGCAGACUCCGCACAUGGGUGUCCACCACUUGCCCCCAUUCGGUGAGUCGAGUUCUUAUGGUGGGCCACGCUACUCGUGGGCUGAGCAGGGCACUAGUUCAGCAUACCCGCUUGAGCCGCCUCGUUCUUCGAUGCCGAUCCUUAGAGAUGCCGGAUAUUCUCAGGCAGAGAUGCACGAGUAUUGGAAGCAGUAUAGUGGGGGAGUUUCUGAGGCAGUAGCUGCUGUUCCCCUAAGUAUUUGUGCACCAGAGGUUCCACGUAGAAGCCACCGACAACGGAAUCCGUCGGCUGCACUUCGAUCACCAUACGUGCACAGCGCCGUGCCGAAACCCAUCGAGCAACAGUAUGUUGACGGGUUUGAGCGUAUGAUGGAAGCUGGCCGUCGUGGACACUACCAGACGGUGUUAGUGGCAGAGAGCGGGCACCCUCUCCCAUAUAACUUUUGGACCGGGAUGCAAAACACGAGGACUUGACCUCACGACCAAUGUUGGUUAAUUUCUGAAGCAGUUGUUAUCAUGUAAGUCUGUUUACUUAUUACUAACAUUUAAGUACGUGCAUGCUGUUGAUAUGUACAUGUUGACGAUGAGAUCGAGGUUGAUCGCGCGUGCUGACUUGAUAGACGGUGUUGAUCAGAUGACCACUAUCAUAUUGGAUACAGAAUUCUUCGUAAGCAUUUAAUUAAAUAUUAUGCUGUUAUAAUCAAAUAUGCUUUUAAUAUAAUGUUUAUUUGCUACAGAAAUAUUUGGAUGAUGAAUUCAAGGACUUGCUGGCAGCUGCGCGCACUAUGUUUCCCUCGAAGGCAGAAGGACGGACUUGUGAGGUCCGACGCUACUUAUUCUGUGUGGGUACCGCAUCCCAAGAAGAUGUAUCUGGUGUAUGGGCAUGGAAUCUCUUCGACUCAUAACGAUUGGAUGCAUGCCACAACGGUACACAUAUAUAUCUACAUUAUAAAUAUGUUGGAGUAGUUCAUUUUUUAUUUUCUCUUCACCAAUUGUAUUUGCGUGUGCAGCUCAUUUUGCCUAUAUUUGUGCUAGGACGUUACAUUACAUGCCGAGUGGAUUUGCUGAGGGGUUAUUGCGACAUCUUCGAUUCACAGUUGUUCAAGACCCUGGCACAGAAGCGCUUCGAUGUGAUCGCCACUCUAUAUCCGCUGCAGUGCCUUUUGGGUAGGCUGCUUGACGUGGCCAAGUGGUUCGAAAGGACACAGAUUGUCCAAAACCCGUUGGAAAACCUCUCAUGGUGAAAGUUGACAAUCCGCUAUGCCGAGGAAGAAUGAGCAGUUUCAGCAGCCAAAUCAAUGCAGCUCCGGUGUUUAUG